CAGCAGCAGCAGCAGCAGCCGGAGCGGAGCCGCAGCGGAGCUGGAUGGAGCCCGUUAAGUAACGGCACCGGGGGGCGGCUGCGGGCAGAGCUCAGUGGUAGCAGCAGCCACCGGGCCGGGCCCCCCCCGCCCCAGGCCGCUAUGAACGGCGGAGCCCCGGUGAGAACGGCGGGGUGGGGCGGGGGCCCGGUGGGGAGCGAGCUGCCGUGAGAGCCAGGCUUUCCUCGGCACCCCCCUCCGCACCAUCCUCGCCGCGGCCGGUGGCGGCCCGAGCGCACGGAGAGAUGCCGGUGCGGGGUGGAGGCUUCUUGCCCUGGGAGUGAGAUGAAUGGAACUUGGUCAGACAAAGGGUCUCAGUCAGCACUUCAGGACCUGAGAGGCAUCCAGGGACUUUUCAUUCUUUGUCUGAAAGGGGACGGAGCUGUUUCCAUUAGCGAGAUGCCUGCGAGCGCCGGUGCCGCCGAGCGAGAAGAGCUGCAGCAGCUGAUCGGCUUUCAAAUCACCUUCAAACCCUCCAUCUCCUUAACAUGAUCCCUCCAGCAGCCCAGGCUGCGGGCCACGGCCGGGGGGCUUUGCUGGGAGGAGAAUAAACUGGGCACAGCAGCGACAGCCAGCGCUGGAGAAACCCCACCGUGGACUCAACAUCCAUCCCCAGCCCUCUUGGACUUGUUGGGGUUGGACUAUAGCUUUGCACAGCUUCACCCUACAGCCCUCGCCGUAGUUCUGGGGCACCCAUCUGCUCCUGAAAGGAUCAAGCCCUGCUGAGAGCAUCCCUGGGGCCAGGAGAGCAGCUCCCGUGCGGCUCCGGCUGCCGGGGAAGGGAUGAGGAGGUUAUGGCCAAAUUAUUGGUAAAGCUCCAGCGGUAUUUUCGGCGCAGACCCGUCAGGUUCUUCACGCUGCUGGCUCUCUACCUGGCAGCUGGCAGCUUGGUUUUCCUCCACUCGGGCUUCUCUGGGGAACCCACAGUGACAGGGAGCCAGCGUGGUCCCGGAGCUGCUGAGGGACCAGGGCUGCCCUACCUGGGGGUGAUGCAGCUGAGCCGCGGAUUCAAGGCGCCGGUGACGGUGCCAGGGGGCACACGGAGGCACGGAGCCUGGUUCAAAAGCACCUCCAAGGAACCAGCGGAGAGGAGCAAAGCUGCAGACUACAGCAGCGCCCGCAGCCGAGCCAGCAGGGGCAGGAGCGGCCGUGAGAAAGAGGAGGACAGAGCCAGGUACCUCGGCUGCUACGUGGACAACACCCGGCAGCGGACGCUGCGCGGCGUCUCCUUCUUCGACUACAAGAAGAUGACAGUCUUCCGUUGCCAGGACAACUGUGCCGAGCGGGGCUACCUCUACGCAGGGCUGGAAUUCGGGGCCGAGUGCUACUGUGGGCACAAGGUGCAGGCAGCCAACGCCAGUGAGACUGAGUGCAACAUGGUCUGCAAGGGCGAGAGGACCAACAUCUGUGGGGGGGUCAACCGCCUCUCCAUCUACCGCCUGGAGCUGGCCCAGGAGUCGGCCAGGAGGUAUGGCAGUGCAAUAUUCCGGGGGUGCUUCCACCGGCCAGACAACAUCUCCAUCGCCCUGCCUGUCAGCCAGCUCAUGCUGAACAUGUCAGUGGACAAGUGUGUGGACUUCUGCACUGAGAAGGAGUACCCCUUGUCAGCCCUGGCUGGGACCUCCUGCCACUGUGGAUUCCCCACCACACUCUUCACCCUGCACGAGCGUGAGGACGAGCAGCUCUGUGCCCAGAAAUGCGCCGGGGAGGAGUUCGAGAGCUGUGGCACCGCCGAGUACCUCCUGGUCUACCAGACCCAAGUGCAAGACAACCGCUGCAUGGACAGGAGGUUCCUCCCAACCCGUGCCAAGCAGCUGGUGGCCCUGGCCAGCUUCCCUGGUGCUGGCAACACCUGGGCACGACACCUCAUCGAGUUGGCCACAGGCUUCUACACUGGCAGCUACUACUUUGAUGGCUCUCUCUACAACAAAGGUUUCAAGGGCGAGAGGGACCACUGGAGAAGCGGGAGGACAAUCUGCAUCAAGACCCACGAGAGUGGGCAGAAGGAGAUCGAAUCCUUCGACUCUGCCAUCCUGCUCAUCCGCAACCCCUACAAGGCACUGAUGGCCGAGUUCAACCGCAAGUACGGAGGGCACAUUGGCUUCGCCUCCCACGCCCACUGGAAGGGCAAAGAGUGGCCAGAGUUCGUGGCCAACUACGCGCCCUGGUGGGCCACUCACACCUUGGACUGGCUGCGCUACGGCAAGAAGGUGCUGGUGGUUCACUUCGAGGACCUGAAGAGGGACCUGUUCGUGCAGCUGCAGCGGAUGGUAGGGCUGCUGGGCAUCGCCGCCUGCCAGGACAGGCUGCUGUGCGUGGAGGGGCAGAAGGACGGCAACUUCAAGCGCUCCGGCCUGAGGAAGCUGGAGUACGACCCCUACACCCCCGAGAUGAGGCAGGUGAUCAGUGGCUACAUCAAGACCGUGGACACGGCUCUGAAGCGCCGCAACCUCUCGGGGGUGCCAGAUGAUUACUACCCGAGGUGAUGGUGAUGGUGGUGUGGGGGCUUGGCCCCGCCUGGUGAGGAAGGGCUUGGUCUGGCCGGCCUCUGCCUUCUUCCACCCAGUGGGUGGCUCUUCUUUGAAUUCUCCAUCUGCUGCUACUAGCUGUUGAUCACCUCCCUGCAUGACCAAUGAAUGGUCCCAGCCAUUGCUGAGCUUGCUUGGCCGAUGCCAACGCUGACCCGGGCGUGGUGGUGCCACUGAGGGGAUGCGGCUGCCUUCACACCCUAGGGGUCCUGCUCCAGCCCUCUCCUGCAGCCCCCCCUUGGCAAUGCAACAGGUUACUCGUGCCCAUCCGGGCUGGUUGGUGGGGACGCUCAUGCCAUGCUUGAUGCACCCACCUGGCGCCAUCACACAGCCCUGGUGCAAUGGCAGCUAAGCUACCUGGGGUGGGUACCCCCAAAUCUCCUCCCUCUUUGACCAGCCCACCCUUGGAUGGAGCCCAUCAACCUUCCCAAGGGAGGAUAGACUGGGGGCUGUUGGCACCAUGUGGGUGAUGGUGGGUUAUGGAAAUGGAGAAGGCCGUGGUGGGGAGAGCAAUGCCUCCAAAUGAGGUGGCUGUAUGUCCCCCAUGCACUUUGUGGGCACCCUCCCUGAGCUUAGGGACAGCGAUGGCCCUAGGGUGAGGCUUGUGUCCCCAGUCAUAGCACUGGGCCAUGCUGCUGCUCCAGCCCUGGUGCCCUGGGAGGUUGCACGACCCCCACUCAGGGGGAGCUCUGAGUGGGAGCCACCCCCAUGCACACACACGUGUGUGAUGCUCAAGCUGGGGACCCUGAGCCUGGACUGAAGAGCUCAUGGGACGCAGAAGCUCAUUUCAGAAGCUGAUGAGCCAAAAGAGGCCCCCCCCCAGGAGCAGCUUUGGGGGCCAUAUGCUGCAGCUCAGCUGCAUCCAACCCGUGGGCAAAGGCUGGAGCUGAGCUUCCUGGUGUCCCUCAGCUGAGUCCUGCCUCUGUCCCCAGCGCAGGACCCUCACCCUGCCUGCCCCCACUGCCUGCGGAUGCGCAAGCGAAACCAAAGGAUCUCCGUGCGCCCCGGGCAGGUGUCCUUCGCCAGGCUGGCUUUGUGCAGAGCUGCAUGUGGUCCCCUCGCCAUGUGUCACCCUCCGAGCCCGUCCCCGUCCUGCCUCUGCCAAAAACGAGCUCCCUUCCCUCCUCCCAACCUGCAAGUCCCCCCUGGAUGUAGGUGCAGAAGCCAUAUCUCAUACGCAGCCUCUUAGAGCUUAGGUGUUUAACGACUGGCUUCGAACUCUGGUCUUGGGUUAGGGCCAACGAGGCUGAAAGCUAGAGCCAGCCCUCGAUCUAGAUUCAAGGAGAGAGAGAGAGAGAGAGAGGAGAAAAUCCCACGGAGAGAAGGAGAAGAGAGUUUAAACACAACCUAUUUUCCUAAGGCGCGAGCGGCUGGGCGUGGGCAGCGCUGCCGGGGCUGGGCAGGGGGCUCCUGCUCCCCCCUGCUUUGCACAGACAUGGCCCUAUGUGUUCCUAGGGAGCUGCUGCCCCUCUUUUUAACUCUUCCCUUGAGAAAUGGCUGGAGGUUUUCCAGGAGCACGGGUGAGCCCUGUCCUGGCAGUGGGAGCUGAGCUGCCCCCACCCCCCGCCAUGCUCCUUUGCUUGGGGUGGCCCUGGGGCUGCCUACCUCGGUCAGAACAAAUCCUCAGGUCGAUCCAGCUAUUAAAAGAGAGUUUUUGUUGCUA